CGCCCAUGGCCACGCUUCUCUCCACCCCUCCGCCCCCAUCCCCGCGCCUUCCACACAACACCACGCCUCCUCUCCGAUGACGCCUCGCCCAACCACUACGACGCCCUCCAGCUCGCCCCGACCGCCACCUCAGCCGAGAUAAAGCGCCAAUUCUACGCCCUGUCCAAGAAACACCACCCGGACCGCAACCCCUCGGACCCCACGGCCUCGACGCGCUUCGUCCAGAUCAGCGAGGCCUACCACACCCUCUCCGUGCCCGAGAAGCGCUCCCAGUACGACGCCCACCUGCGCCAGUCGCAGUCGCAGGCCCAGUCGCGGGCCUCGCGCUGGGGCACGGGUCCGCCUGCAGAGGGCUCGUAUAGCUCGGCGGCCUUUGGCGCCCGCCCCGCAAGCGGCCUGAAUAAGAAGCGCACGACGUUUCGCGGUCCGCCGCCCAGCUUCUACAAGUCCGGUGGCUAUGGGCAGCAUGGGGCGAAGAGGUCAGAGUACGCGCAUCACGAUCCGCGGGGAGGAGAGCAGGCGGGUCAGGAGAGCUACGGCGAUUAUGGUGGCUUUGGGCCCGGGCAGCAGAGGCAGGGCUCUGAGGUGCCGCAUUUCGACGACAGGAGGCACAAGGAGACGCACGACUCGCUCAACGAGCACAUAUACGCCCGAAGACGGAGAUCCAAACUACACCGCGUCGAAGAAGUAAAUAGAGGGAGCGUCGUCAUGAACUUCCUGCUCGUCUCGGGCGCCAUAGCCAUC